AAUUUCUUUGAUGUUAAUUCGCUUUCUGACGAGCAAUGUGAUGAGCCAGCCCCAAAAGCUGGAACUGAGAGAAAGAAACCAGGACGAAAGCCAGCACAGCCAACAGAAAAAAAAGAAACAGCCGGUGAGAAUAGCAAGCCCAUAGUGAAGAAACCUGCAACAAAGGCCAAAGGGAAGCCAAAGGCGAAGGCGAAAGCCAAAGGCAAAGCAGGCAGACCAAAGAAGAGUGAGAAUACAAAGACAGUGGCAAGAAAAAAGAAGACUGAGGAGGAGGAAACUGAAGAGAAGGAAACACCUGACAAAAAUGUUGACCCAACUGACAAUGAAGAAGAAAAUACUAGCAAAGCAGGAAAGAAGUCAGUGUUGAAGCGCCCAGCAGCCUCACCAUGCACAGUCUCUGGCAGCAGCCCUCCUAUGAAACGCCCCAGUGCUGCCAAUGCCCCACUUCGUGUUUGGAAAUAUCAGUAUGGCAGCGGAGUCUACGGUUUCAAGGAUUCACGAGUCAACAAAGAAGUGCUGAGGGAGCUGCUGAAAGAUGAGUUGCUGAAACAUGAUGGCAAGACUGCUCCGGCUAUGGCCAUGAGGGAUGCGCUGCUUGAUGAAGCCAAGAAAGAAGCAAAGAAACAAGAGAAGCAUCAGGAUGGUGAAGCAGAAUGCGAACCGAGUGAUGAACAUGAUGAUGGACAGGAUGACGCUCAUGAUGGAGAAGAAGCAGAAUCUGAGGAAAUGGAAGAACUCGACAAUGAGGUGGAGUCAUAG